AUGCAAUGCAGUCCUAAAUGGUUGUUGAAGCAAGAACUGUCAAAGAUUGUCAAAUCUAUCAAUAGGCAGUUGCGGGAGAAAUCUAUCAAAACAAAGGUUGGUGCCUUUUCUGUUUUGAAAGAACUCGUGGUUGUCUUGCCCAACUGUCUUGCAGACCACAUUGGCUCACUCAUUCCUGGAAUUGAAAAAGCAUUAAAUGUAAGCAACAUUGUAUUGAAUUAA